GGUCGGCGCACCGCCAUCACCUCCGGCGCAAACAAAUCGACCCGCAGCUCAGGGAGCUUCGAAGCGUCAGCUAGUACGGGCACAAGCAAGCCACCAAGCUGCACGCUUGCAUCUCAAGAAUAUGCCCUCGCCAGAGAAGCGCCGUCCUGCCGCGGGGCAAGGACCGAAAGGUGCCGCCGUCAACGGCCCGCGCUCUCCGCCCCGUCCGUCCCGGCCUUCAGGAAGCAGUCCCCGCAAGAACGGUGGCAGCAACCACAACAGCAACAGCAAUAGCAACACCACCCCGAGGAGCAGCACCACCACCAGCAACAGCAGCAACGUCUACAUCGCCCCUCCUCCGCGCGCCGCUCUCAGCGGCACCUCCUCUCCCGCCCCCGACCAUCCCCGCAACAGCACCACCGAGGCCGCCGCCGCCGCCGUUCCAGGCGCCAGCCUCCACCCGACUGCCGCCGGCAGCGGACCCCGCACAGCGCAGCGCAACAACAACAACAACCGCUCCCGCUCGCCCUCGCCCCUGCCAAUGUCCUCACCGCGGGCUGCUGCAACGCCGUCCGCCUCAACAGCCACCGCGACCACGCCCUCGACCGCGCAGACGGCGGCGCUCCUUCGCGAGAAGGACGCGCGCAUCGCGUCGCUCGAGCGCGAGCUCGCCCUGAUGGAGGCCGCGUUCCACCGCGAGCUGGACAAGCUGAGCAGCGCCGAGAGCGAGACGGCGGCGUUCUGGCAGGCCCGGUGCGCCGCGCUCGAGAGGCAGGUUGCGGCGCAGGCGCAGGCGCUUGCGCAGGGCCACAGCCAGGGGCAGGGGCAGGGGCAGGGGCAGGACGGGAACCAGACGGGGUUGUCGGGGGCGCAGCACGGUGGGGUUGGGGAUGCGGGGGAUGUAGUUGUUGCUGGCGCUGGUGGUGGUAGAGAGGCCGGGCGGGAGGAGGAGGAGGAGGAGAUCAGAGAGCUUCGCGCCGCGUGGGAGCACGCGAGGGCGCUGGUUGCGCAGAGGGAUGAGGAGCUGGCGGCGCUGAGGGCGCAGGUGCGGGGGCUGAAGGAGUGGGUGAGCCUGAGCACGCGGGCGGACGGGGAGGCACAGACCAGUGACGAGGUGUUUGCGGGCGAGAUGAUGCGCCUGGGGAGCUUGCUGCAGAACUGGGUGCUGGUGCACUUUCGGAAGGCCAAGUUGGACCUGUCGAAUGCCGACGAGGACACGGUAGCGGAGCUGGCUCGCCUGGUGCCCAUGUACGAAGAUCUCCUUCGGCCUUCUAGACUCCAUAUGCUUCAGUCGGCCGUGUCCCGGUUGCUUGUGGAGCUCGUGUUUGACCCCUACUUUGUCGGCCUUCCGAGCGACGUGGCUGAGAAAGUCAAGGAGGUGGAGAGCUUCCUGGCCUCGUCGACAUCGUCACCUGAAUCAGUCAACCAAUGGCGCUCUGUCACGCUCGCUAUCCUCAGGAAGGACGCAGCCGAAAAGCUGCAGACCGAAACCUCCGCCGUCGUUGACGCGGUCGUCUCCCGGGUCAACAAGCUCUUCGGCGCGAUCACAAACACGGAAGCAUCCGAGCAACGAGACGCAGGCCUGCAGGGCAUCGUGAGCGCCGCCAUCGAGCUGUCGCGGCUGCUCGCGGUGCAGAAAGCCGUCUUCAGGGUCGAGAUGCCCGAGGUCCUCCCCCACCAACGGACCGUGUUCGACGCCGAGACCAUGGAGGACGUCGGCGGCGAGGACGAGGACAGCCUGGUCGACCGGGAAAUAUGCUGCGUCACCUUCCCGGGCAUCGUCAAGCGCGGCGACGAGACCGGCGCGCACCUGCUGCAGUACCGGAACGUCAUCCACAAGGCCAGGGUGCUCUGCCGGCCCGAGUCGUGACGGCUCCGUCUACCCGGUUGGGUGGUUGCGUGUCUGAAGUGCGGAGCUUUGGGCGCUGGCGAAGCAGCAGACCGUGACGGCAUGUCCGUCAUGGAAGGAAGC